CACCACCUCACAAUUUUAUCAUUUUGCCCAAGUGCCCUGGAAAAACAAAGAAAGAAAGAGGUAAGCUUAUGCUGCUCUGGGUUUCUUCUUCUUUUUCCGUUUUCUCUAAAUUCAGAUGAAACCGAUUUAGCAUGCAAUGGUCAUACUGGUAGGAACAAUGCCUUCGUCUUCUUUAGCUUCCCUUGUUAAUUUGGGAACCCUUAAUGCUACUUUCAUUAAUUAUUGCUCUGACCCAAUUUCAUCAUCGUAUUAUUCUUGUAUUAGAAGAGUUUCAUUGUCUAGAAGGAGUUUCAGUAGGAAAUGUAAAUGUAAAUACUCUGUGGCAGCCACCGAUUUUGUUGCUGAGGCAAACAGUGCUUCCUCUUCUUCUUAUAAAGAUAGUGAUUCUGAUAUUGUCCUUAAACCUGCCCCCAAGCCGGUUUUAAAGCCCCAAGGGGUGAAAAACGAAAAGGGUUUGUCUUGGGACGGUGAAGAGAGUGAGCGUGAGGAUGAGGAGGAAGAAGAAAAUGAGAGGAGUAAAGUAAUUGAGUCAUUGGGUGAAGUAUUGGAGAAAGCUGAAAAGUUGGAGACUUCAAAUGUAAAUGUUAAUGCUAAUGUUACUGUAAAUAAAGCAAAAGCGAGUGGUGGAGCUGGUGGUAAAAAGAUUAAGACUUUGAAGAGUGUGUGGAGGAAAGGGGAUAGUGUUGGAACUUUGCAAAAGGUUGUUAAAGAGUCUCCUAAGGUUAGUAAUAAUAACAAUAAUAAUAUAGGAGGAGGAGCUGGAGGAGGAGAGGGGAAGGUGGAGUCCCAAGGUGAAAGUGUUGGUGCGCCUUUAAGACCUCCACAGCCACCUUUAAGACCUCAACCUAAGCUACAAGCUAAGCCAUCAGUAGCACCUCCACCUUCGGUGAAGAAGCCGAUUAUUUUGAAAGAUGUUGGGGCAGCUAGAAAGUCAGAAGUUGUCAAUGAGGCUGAUUUGGAUGAGAAGAGUAAAGAAAGAAAACCUAUUUUGAUUGAUAAAUUUGCAUCGAAGAAACCUGUGGUUGACCCUCUCAUUGCUCAAGCUGUAUUAGCCCCUACAAAGCCAGGGAAGGGCCCUGCUUCUGGAAAGUUCAAGGAUGAUUAUCAUAAGAAAAAUGUUUCCGCUGGAGGUCCAAGGAGGCGUGUUGUUAAUGAUGAUCUUGAAAUUCCAGAUGAGGAGGCAUCAGAACUAAACGUGUCAAUACCUGGUGCUGCCACUGCAAGGAAAGGGAGGAAAUGGAGUAAAGCUAGACGGAAGGCAGCCAGACUCCAGGCUGCCAAAGAGGCAGCGCCUGUUAAAGUAGAAAUUUUGGAGGUUGGAGAAAAAGGCAUGUUGAUAGAGGAGUUAGCAUAUAAUUUGGCAAUUAGUGAAGGGGAAAUUCUUGGAUAUCUGUACUCCAAGGGAAUUAAGCCAGAUGGAGUGCAAACUUUGGACAAAGACAUGGUAAAGAUGGUUUGUAAUGAGUAUGAGGUAGAAGUCAUAGAUGCUGACCCUGUUAAGGUAGAAGAAAUGGCAAAAAAGAAGGAAAUUCUCGAUGAGGGCGACCUAGACAAGCUACAAGACAGACCUCCUGUUCUUACCAUAAUGGGUCAUGUUGACCAUGGGAAGACAACUCUUCUGGAUGUUAUUCGAAAGAGCAAGGUGGCUGCCUCUGAAGCAGGUGGUAUAACACAAGGAAUUGGAGCAUAUAAGGUUGUAGUACCAAUUGAUGGCAAGUCACAACCAUGUGUUUUUCUUGAUACUCCUGGACAUGAGGCUUUUGGGGCAAUGAGGGCUCGUGGAGCACGGGUGACAGACAUUGUGGUCAUUGUGGUGGCUGCUGAUGAUGGGAUCCGCCCUCAAACAAAUGAGGCCAUAGCUCAUGCCAAAGCAGCUGGAGUACCAAUUGUCAUUGCUAUAAAUAAGAUAGAUAAAGAUGGAGCUAACCCUGAAAGAGUCAUGCAAGAGCUUUCUUCAAUUGGUCUGAUGCCAGAAGACUGGGGUGGUGACAUCCCUAUGGUUCAGAUCAGUGCUCUCAAGGGGCAGAAUAUAGAUGAUCUAUUGGAGACUGUUAUGCUUGUUGCUGAGUUACAAGAGUUAAAGGCUAAUCCUGAUCGGAAUGCAAAAGGCACUGUUAUUGAGGCAGGUCUUCAUAAAUCUAAGGGACCAGUAGCUACUUUUAUUGUGCAGAAUGGAACCCUUAAAAGAGGGGAUGUAGUUGUUUGUGGAGAAGCCUUUGGAAAGGUGCGUGCUUUAUUUGAUGAUAGUGGAAACCGCGUUGAUGAGGCUGGACCGUCCAUACCCGUGCAGGUCAUAGGUUUGAAUAAUGUUCUGAUUGCUGGUGAUGAAUUUGAGGUUGUUGCUUCCCUUGAUGUUGCACGUCAAAAGGCAGAGGCUUGUGCAGAGUUGUUGCGAAAUAAACGUAUGUCAGCCAAGGCUGGGGAUGGAAAGGUCACACUUUCUUCUUUAGCUUCUGCAGCGUCAGCUGGAAAGCUUUCUGGGUUAGACUUGCACCAGCUGAAUAUUAUCUUGAAGGUUGAUUUACAGGGAUCAAUAGAGGCUGCCAGACAAGCAUUGCAGGUGCUCCCGCAAGAUACUGUCACUUUGAAGUUUCUCUUGGAAGCAAUGGGAGAUGUAAGCUCCAGUGAUGUUGAUCUUGCGGUUGCUAGCAAAGCCCUUAUCUUGGGAUUUAAUGUGAAGGCACCUGGUUCUGUCAAGAGCUAUGCAGAAAAUAAAGGUGUUGAGAUUCGGCUUUACAGAGUCAUCUAUGAACUUAUUGAUGAUGUGAGGAAUGCAAUGGAAGGACUCCUAGAGCCUGUAGAGGAGCAAGUACCAAUUGGCUCUGCAGAGGUUCGGGCUGUUUUCAGCAGUGGUAGUGGUCGUGUUGCUGGAUGUAUGGUAACAGAAGGAAAGGUAGUGAAAGGUUGUGGCAUUCGUGUCAUUCGAAAUGAUCGCACAGUCCAUGUCGGUGUUCUUGAUUCACUGCGACGGGUUAAGGAACUUGUGAAAGAGGUAAAUGCAGGGUUGGAGUGCGGUAUGGGAAUGGACGACUACGAUGAAUGGCAGGAAGGAGAUAUUCUUGAAGCCUUCAACACGGUUCAAAAGAAGCGGACCCUGGAAGAGGCAUCUGCUUCGAUGGCAGCUGCACUGAAAGGAGUAGGAAUUGAGUUGUAGUUGUAGAAGUGCACAGGGCUACAAAAUUGGCUUAUUGGCUUUUCUUCAUGGAAUCAACAUUUUUUAUGACAGGCGCAUAUACCACAAUGCAGUGUCUCUGCUGCUGCUUUGGGCAUUGCUUAACGUGCAUCAUAUUAGAGUUUUCCCCAUACUGCAAUCUAUUAUCAAGUGCGGCAUGUUGAGGAUCUGGGCUUGCAGAUUUUGCCUUUGUUGUAACCUUUUUUUGCUGUAUAUAUUAACAUCUGGCUCCAGCUUGCUUUUGUAAAGACUGGACAGUUACAUUCCACAAGAUUCAAUGUAGAAAAUACCUUGUAACGUUUACCCAAAGAGGGCAAAGGAAUAUAGUUGGAAAAUGUGGGAUAGCGUUUUGCAAAUGUGCUGGCAGGAUGGCAUACAUUUCUCAAGCUGUAGGUCUGGGUAUGUGAAAUCUGUUGAGUCUGAACUUAGGUUUUUAGGUCUAAAAGGAAAGAUUUCGCUUUGUUUGGUAACCAGGAAAAUAAAAUGUUCAGAGGCACAGCACUGAUCUUUCUCUCGA